UGCGAAAGCCAUUAAACCAGAGGAAGAAUUUAAAAAAAAAUCGUCAGUGUAAACGGAAGUUAACAUUGACCAAGAAAAAUCUUACAUUUAGCGUUUUUAUUGUUAUUUAGACGUUUAUUAACACACUGGAACUCACUAUGAAUCCCUCGACUGCACAGCAUCACAUAUUUACACCAGGUAGUCUUUAAUUCGCGUUAUCGACAGGACGAUAUAUGUUUUCUAGCUAGCUGCUAACGUUAGCUAACAAUGGCUAACUGUAUGGUUUUUCACACGCAAAUAGCCUCCAUCAUGGAGGUGCUAGCUAAUGCAGCCGUGGCAGAGAUCUGUAAAAUCGUAGACGACGACUAUGCAGUGGUUCGUUUGGAAAUAACUCAAAGCCAUAAAGAAAACAGGGGAUUACGGAGGAAACUACAGCUAUUGGAAUUGAAGAUGGCACGGGAGCGCGUCCUCGCUAGUCGUCCCAGUGGUGUGAAACUCCUCGACCGAUAUAGGGGAAUGGCAAGAGGUGAAGGACAUCUCACUCGAGGCCACAGGAGCUUUGUGAAGCCAGCCGCACAUAAUGCGUGUGGAGAUGACCAACCAAUCACUGUUGAUGAGGGGAGUGGAACCUCAACCCAGCAUGUUAUUGUGAUAGAGUCUGCAGGUGCAGAGGCUGCUAGUCCUGGGGUCAAGCUGGAGAGGUCUGAAGGAGAGGAGGACCCACGGCACAGCAAAGACAUCCAGACUGGAGCGUCCCAUGUAGCAGAGGAGGACCUCAGCGCCACUGCGCCCCAGCCCAGGACCCGACGCAGCAUCACGGAGGAGGAGGAGGAGGGACUAGAGGUGCUGCUGGUAAAGGAGGAGGGUCUGGGGAACCCUGAGAGAACCAUGGUCAUGGAGGACAACCAGACUACACCUCCUCCUGAACCCGCAGAGGAACCAGCUGAGCAGCACAGGACCACACGCAGUCUCACUGAGGUGAGCCCACUAUGA